UCUCGCUCGACAAUGAAGCGAUCCCACAUUCCACGAGAAUGAACCCUGUCAAAGAGCAGACUGGAAAAUUGCGUGCUUGUUUGGACUUCGUGCAUCAUUCAAAAAAAAUUGGCUUGGAAGCAGAAGUUUGGUGGUGAGUAAAUUUGGCAUUAUAAGACUUCAAAGGUCUCUGCCGAACGAGUAAAUCUUGCCACGCUUGCAAAUCACUGAUAUCGUUGAGAGCAAUAUGGCAACCAAGGAAAGUGUUUUGUCUGAAGUCAAUCCCUCUCCUAACACGACGCACACAGUUACAGCAGGCAGGACGAAGAAUGCCGAUGCCGCUUUGGAACUCCUUGCCUCCACCGGCGGCCUGGAGCAACCGACAGAUCCAGCGCGGAGCCGCCGACUUCUGCGACGUAUCGACUACCAUAUUAUGCCGCUAAUUUGCACCGUCUACUUUCUUCAAUACCUCGACAAAACCUCCAUCUCGUAUGCAAGUGUCACAGGUCUCAAGGAGUCGGCUCACCUCGUUGGGAACCAGUUUAACUGGGUGGCUUCGAUAUUCUUUUUCGGCCAGCUGACGUUUGAGUUUCCAACCAUCUACGUCUUGCAGUUGUUCCCACUGGCCAAGUAUGUUAGUGUCAAUGUUGUCAUAUGGGGCGCAAUCCUAGCAGCUCUGGCGGCAUGCAAGUCUUUCGCCAGUUUGAUGGUCUGCCGUUUCUUCCUUGGGGCGGCAGAGGCGACCAUCGUCCCUGCAUGGGUUGUGUUCACUAGCCAGUGGUACAGAAAAGAGGAACAGGCUUUCCGCGUGGGCAUCUGGUUCUCCAUGUGUGGAUUCUCUCAGAUGUUUGGAGGGUAUUUUGCUUAUGGUGUCGCCAGACAUGUCGGGGGAGAUGUCCAUGCCGCCUUGAAGGGAUGGCAAAUCAUCUUCUUGUUCCUGGGGCUUUUGACCGUCGUGAUCGGUGUGAUUUUCUGGUUCAUCCUUCCGGAUUCACCAGCAGUGGCGGGCUUUCUUUCGCAAGAAGAAAGGGUUCAACAUGUGGAACGUAUCCGAGGGAAUGAACAGGGAAUUGGGUCCAAGACGUUCAAGUGGGAGCAAUUCUGGGAAGCGCUCGCUGAUACCAAUACCUGGCUUUAUGCAUUCUGGGUCUUUGCCGCCAAUAUUCCCAACUCCAUCGCCACUAGCUUCGGUAACAUCCUCGUCACUGGCAUGGGCUACAGCAAACUCAACUCCCUUUUGCUGGUUACGCCGCUUGGCGCGUACGAAGUUGUCAUACUUAUUGGGGUGACCUACCUGGCCAUGAAGACGGAGCAAAGACUGUGGUGCUGCAUCAUUACACACAUCCCCUCUUUUGUUGGCGCGAUCCUCAUGGCAACGACCGAGAAGACUCCAGCACUAAUCGGCUACUACCUAAGCGGAGGUAUUCCCAUCGGUUGGACGACCAUUCUUGGACUUCAAGCGAGUAACGUCGCAGGAUCUACGAAGAAAAUCACCGUCACCUGCAUCGGCACCAUUGCUUAUACAGUGGGCAAUAUCAUAUCGCCUCAAACCUUCCAGAUAAAAGAUGCCCCCAGGUACCUCCCAGCCAAAAUCUCGAUUGUGAUUCUCUACUUCUUAAUCACAGUCGACUUGUACCUUAUUCGGAUGGUGUAUGUGCGACGCAACAAGAAGCGUGACGAGCAAAAGGCGGCGCUGGGCGAGGCUUAUGUGGUGGAAAAGAAUCACGAGUUUCAAGACUUGACUGACAUUCAAAACCAAGAGUUUCGGUAUUCGUUGUGAGAGGAAGGGCUGCUAAGUACCUCUUCAUCUAGCUUAUUUUUAAUAGCACAUUUAGAUACAACAUCCAGCGCAGGCCACGAGAAGGGUUCUAUCAGUGGCCAUGCUAAACUCGGCGUACAGUAUGGGCUGGAUAAGCUUAUUGCAACAAGUUCCUAUGAUAGCUGCGCUUGCGCUCGGGUUUCCAUUGACCGGGGUCCCAUUCUACACCAUUCAUGGAUCAAACACCAC